GUAGUCAGUGCACGCCCGACACCGUGACGCUGCAGACGUGGUGCAGUUCGUGGGCCUUUCGGUGGUUUACUCAGCUGGCUGUGUCUCUGGGCCUUAUUUCCAGAUAGCCAAGGAAAUAACACACAUUAUUUUGCUCGAAUAUAGUACAACCUUGGGUUACUACUCCCUUACAUCACCGUCGGCUAGUAUAUUCCGCCAAUCGACUGCACCAGGCACUACUGUGUGGUGACGUGACGUAAAUGAACGAUCCCGGCGAUAUACCACUGACACACACGAGCACGCCGGACAGCAGGCCGCCCUGCAGCAUUAUUUCCAUCAUACCAACCAUUGGGAUGUCCUCAUGCCGAGGAAGAGCCGAGGCCUUCGCACGGAGUCUGUCCUCCAAGCUGCGCACCUUGGGAUCACAGACAACCGAGGAAGGCGAGGGCAAUGCGGAAGAUGAGCCCAUCAUCAAUGGAACCAGCACGAACACGUGGGUCAACUCACACGACUCUGAACAGACAGUGACGGACCUUCAGCCCCUGCGCCAUGAGUCCGACUCCUUCUUCGACUUCGACUGCGAGCUGGAGUCGCCCGGGAGUCCUGUGGAUGAGUGCGAGUACCUGCGCCUAAUCGAAACCGCCUCGAAUACGCCGCACAACUCAACGGCGGAAUCGGGUUAUGCCUGCGCUUCAGUGGCCAGCAGUCACAGCAGCAGCACCGAUGGUCCCUAUUUCGAUGCCUCCGCAUCGGGAUCCGCUUCCACAUCCACAGCAGCAGCUGCCCAGGAGCCAAAGCUACCGGCCUCGGACCUAAAAGAAUAUGUGAACACCCUACAGUUGAACGGCAGUCAUGAGCUAGUGAACGGGUUGCCGGAGGAGCAGCCACAUAGCGAGGAUGUCGUUCACGAGGAUGAGGCCUUACUGCAGGCCCAGAUCCUGAGUGAAAUUCAGCAGCAUAGCAUCAGUUUGAAGGCACAGGAUCAGACUAAGCCCCAGGAGGAUAAUCUUACCAAUGGCCAUCUUGGGGAGGAGGUGGAGCAACUGGAACUCAAGGGGUUAAUGGAAGUCCUAGACGUAGCUGGCACUGCAAACAGAGUUCCAGAGGUCGUCUCCAGCGAAAAAGCACUGAAAGAAGUCCCAACCGAUAGGAUUCAAGAGGUAAUCUCCACGGAAAGAACAGAGGAGACACCUUGUGACAGGGUUCAGCAAGAAGGUUGCCUUGAGAGGGUUCAAGACGAAUCCACCAACGAAAGGGUUCAAGAGGAAACCCCCAUCGACAGAACCGCCACAGAGGAAUCCAUCUUCUCCGAUCGAUCUCUCCAGAACGAGGAACUGUCGCCCGACAGUGGUGUAGACGAGACAGACAAGUCGGCCAGCAAUCUCACCGUGAAUGUGGAGCUGGCACAAAUCGAACAGGCCAAACAAGAUGUGGAAAACGCUGUGGAGAAGAGUGGUGGACAUAGCCACGGCAUAGAUACCACUGAUGAUGAGGAUGACUGCAGACCUCAGCGAGUGAGGCGUUGUUCUUCCCUGAAGACGGGAAAGACACCGCCCGGAACCCCCGGACGAAAGAAGAUUGUGAGAUUCGCUGAUGUCCUGGGCUUGGAUUUGGCGGAUGUGAAGACCUUCCUGGACGAGAUACCCACCAUACCAAAGUCAGCGUUCGAGGACCUGGAGAUACUGGAGUCAGAGCCACCUCUGCAGCUGGGUCCCAAGUCGGACAAACUGCUGAUGCCGCUGUUCCAGCAGCCAGGUGGCCUGGCCACAUUCCUCGAUGCGGUCAGGGAGAAGCAGGUGUCGCUGGAGAACGCGGCCGUGUCGGAUAACAUAAACCAGACGAUAGCCGGAUCGGUUCGAGUGCGAAAUCUCGAUUUCCACAAGUCGGUGCACAUAAGGUAUUCGCUGGACGGCUGGAGGAGCUAUGCGGACUUGCAGGCCAACUACGUGGAGAACUCCUGCGAUGGCUUCUCCGACAAAUUCACCUUUGUGCUGUUCGGCAACUCGCUGCAUGUGGGCCAGCGGCUGGAGUUCGCCGUGAGGUUCCAGUGCAAGGGCCAACAGUUCUGGGAUAACAAUUACGGGGCCAACUACUGCUUCCAGUGUCUGCCCAGCUCGACACAUGCCACCGGCAGCACGACGGCAUCGCCUCCGUCCGUGGCGACUGGCGCCGUAACCUCUGGCCAUUCUGCCAGUCUGGUCGGAAUGCUAAGCCCCACGGCGGGCGAUGCCUGGUGCAGCUCCUUCUACUAGGCGGUGGCGUUGGGUCCGCACUAAAGGCACUAGGAGUCCAUCUCAUCACCAGCCCCAUGACACGACACCAAGGUCUGGGAUACAUCCCUGUCCUUGACGUUGUGUGUGUCCUCCCAAAGUCUCCCCCAAUGAAUUCGAAUUCCCUAGAUCACGGCCAGUAAAGAUCACAGAUCAGAUCGGAGUUGUCAUCCUCAUCCAGCUCCCUCAUUGUUAGGGUGUAUCGAUUUGAAGAAACUAAAAAUUGAAGUGGCAUAAAGUAAUAAUUGAACAGUUAAAAGGAUAUUCGUAUCGAAAUAUGAUUGAUUGUAUUUCACAUUUUGUCACUGUUACCAAUGAAGGAUGCUUUAAAUAUUUUAAUGAAAAGUAUUUAAAGAGUAGAAAAUGUAAAAUAACAAUUAAUUUAAUCAAAAUUGGUGAAGUUAUUCGUUAAAAGUAAGCACACAGGCAAUUCAAAAGCAAUUCUAACAAAGAUAACAAGCUUACGACUAAAAUAUAGUGAUUGAAACCCUUUAAAACUGUUCAUCAAUUACUUACUUUCCCACAAAUUGUAGAGUUUUUUUAAACACCAAAGAAUCGAACCACCCUGCCCUUCCAAUAAAAUGGAAAAAAUUGUUUAUAUUUUUAUAAUGGAGUGGACAGGCUAGAGAAGGGGUAGAGGAGCUGUUAAAGCUGUGAAGGAGCGCCACAACAAUAACUAAAAAUAUACAAAUCAGAGUAGUGCGAACAAAUAAGAAGAGCCAGCAGAGUUCGAAUGAAUCCCAAAGAUAGUUGUUAGUCGUAUCUUAUAAGAAGAGCAAGUGAUAACAAACUAAAAAUCUGAUGAGUUUCUUUUCUCAAUGUUUUCUUCUGUUUUCAGUUGCAGCCCAAUUUUAACUAUGGUUUUCUCCUAGGUUUGUUUGUUCACAGUUGGAUCGGGUUCGGGUUAAUAAGGUUGGGUUUCUGCCAGUUUUAUGUACAUGUACAAAAUAAUUCUUUGUGAAGAGAUUAACCGAGGUUAAUCGAAAGUUCAGCAACAGUUCUGAUUUAUUAUUCAAUGAGCUUAGCACCAUUAACUCACUCUUUGUUUGGUAAGAGCGACUAGACGAUCGGCUCAUUCGUUCUAUAGAUCCAUUCGAGCACAGAAACCGAGUCAAAAGUUAACUAUAACUAUAACUAUAACCAACAUCCAUUAUCUAGUCAAUUUGAGUUUACUUUUGAGACCUUCAUGGCUUGGAAAUAGUUCAGUCCCAUGAUCUUAAUUCCCCGAUCGAGAAACUAGUCUGAAACCAUCUGACAAAACAGACAAACCUCCGCUUUUGUUUCGCCUAAAUGUUGAUAUUUUUCUGUUUUUGAUUUUUUUCAAAUACUUUCUAUUUA